AUGGCUGCAGCUUCACCUGACUACAACCUCCAAGACCUCGUGAACAGAGAUAUCAACGAGCUCAUUGACAGUGCCGUUGUCGAAGAUGUCCUCUCCAGAGACCCCUUCAUCCCCGUCCCUGGCGUUCUCAACUUCCGUGACCUCGGCGUCUACGGUGCCCCUCAUAUCCGCCGCAACCUCGUCUAUCGCUCCGGUGGGCUCAGCAACCUCGGCGAUCAGAGCAAAGCUGUUCUAGCGAAGGAUCUAGGCAUCACUUUGAUAUUGAAUCUGCGCUCGGAAACGGAAACAAGAAUGCAUCCUGAGCCGGAUAUUGACGGCAUCGAGGUUGUCAAGAUUCCGAGCACGGAGGCACCGCAGCUUAUUAAACUGGAUGACUUUAUGGGGGAGGAUGGAAGGAAGGGUUACCUGAAAAUAUAUGCGGAGAUCAUGGAUAUACAUAGACCGAGUAUUCGGAGGGCUCUGGAGCAUUUGAGGGAUGGGAAGGGCGGACUGCUUUUUCAUUGCUUUGCUGGUAAGGACCGCACUGGUGUGCUGGCAGCUGUCAUCAUGGGUCUGGCAGGGUGUUCGGACGACCAGAUCGCAAACGAUUACGCGAUGACUCGCGUGGGAAUCGAGCCGCAUCGUGAGGCUUUGCUUGGCAUGCUGAUGCAAUGGAACAAGAGCUGGACCAUGGAGACGCCUGGUAUGCAUGAGUUCUCGCAAAUCAAGGGCGCAAACAUCAAGGCAGUACUGGAAAUAGUGCAAGGGAAGUACGGCGGCAUGGAAGGCUACGUGAAAAAGGAUCUGGGAUUUUCUGAUGAGGAUAUUCAGAAAAUCAUCGCGAACUUGAAUGGAUGA